CACUCUUUUGUGUUCUAAAUAGACUUAAAUAAGAUUUGCAUGUCAUGCACUGACAGAGGCAGAUCUUGCACACCGUAGAAUUCAUGAUGUCUCAGUGCACCUCGAACUCCUACGACCGCUCCAUCGAUAUGCCCAUGGCUGAUAACGGUGGAUACCCGAGUGCUGAUGGUGGCGGUGGUGGUGGUGGGGAUGAUUCGCAGCCAUGGCUUGCCCCGCAGUUAGUCGCCACCGGCGCUCAAGCUCUUCCUUGGGAUCUCUACGCCACCCAGUCGAACUUGUUCGACAGGACGAUGGAUGACGACAUCCUCCACGAUGGCUCUACCAGGAACUUCUUCCAUUGCGGCAAUCCUCCACCUCCGCUGUCGGAGUCUAUGGUCGACGAUGGCAUCCCGGACGACGCACCGGCGUAUCACAAUUUUGGGGAGAUGGUUGGCCACGGUAAGGAGUCGCUGAAGAUGGAAGGCAGCGCCCGAACCGAGUCGGGCUCGGACGGCAGCGACGACGACGAGGAGCACCGGCCGGCGAGGAGGUCCGGUAAGCAACACUGCUCGAAGAACCUCUUCGCGGAGCGGAAGAGGAGGAAGAAGCUCAACGAUCGGCUCUUCGCUCUGCGCGCACUGGUUCCAAAGAUCACAAAGAUGGACAGGGCUUCGAUACUAGGAGACGCCAUCGAGUACGUGAUGGAUUUGCAGAAGCAAGUGAAGGAUCUGCAGGACGAGCUGGAGGAGACGAAUCAGGAGGACGCCGGCCACGACAAGCAGAUCGGAAGCAACCUCCACAACAGCAACAGCCAAAUGGAUGUCCCGAUCGCAAAUGGGUGGACGGAUCACGACGAUUCCGAGAACAAUCCGAGGCCGGUCGCCGCGGCCGACGAUAACAAGCCAUCAUCCGACAAGGGUCAGCAGAUGGAGGUGAUCGAUCAUCUUUACAUGUUCUACUGCCGCAACGCAAGAAAGCCCUCCUUACUGCAUCUAGAUGCAAAUGAGCAGCCACAGGUGGAGGUGAGGCAACUGGAGGCGAACGAGUUCUUCGUAAAGGUGCUGUGCGAGCACAAGCAAGGAGGGUUCGCGAGGCUGAUGGAGGCGAUGAGCUCCCUGGGACUGGAAGUGACCAACGCCAGUGUCACCUCAUACGAAAGCCUAGUCUUGAACGUCUUCAGAGUCGAGAGAAGAGAUGCCCAAGUGGUGGAAGCAGAUCGAGUGAGGGACUCAUUGCUGGAGGUGACGCGAGAUCCGCAAGGGUGGUCAGGGCUUGCACAAGCAGCGGAGCAGCAGCUCGGCUUCCAUCAUCACCUUCGUUACCUUCACCACCAAGCAUAGCUCGGCAACACAGCGGUGUGCUACUCCACGAUAAGUAUGGUUUCAGCUCAUUUACCAUGUUUUUAAUCCUCGUAUGCUCUCGAUAAAUAAGAUCGACCCAUAAAACGUGUUCUCUGUGGACGGUGAUCGAAAGAUUCUUGUAUGGUGGUACAAAGAUUCGUUGACGGGUUGGAACAUUGGAAGUUGUGGAGCAGCUUUUGGUGUAAGUGUGGAUGGUGGGGUGUCUUUUAGGCCAUCAUAUCUUCUUUGAUUUGGUUACAGAUUAGGAAGAAUCUUUGGUGAUGUAGAAGUCAGUGCAUGCAUGUUAAAGUGAUAUAUGAAUGAGUUACUGUGAUUUUUCU